UCGUGCAGCUCCAACUCAGCAGAGCGAGAGAGAGGGAGAAGCUGAGGAGCAAAGGACCUCCUGCCAACUUCACCCAGAGCAUGUUUCAGCACUCUGCAAGACACAGCGCCAUCCGCACCGCCGACUGACUUGACUAUUUUUCAAAUCCCAGCGUUUUGCAAAGAGAAAGCGAAGAAGUUGCCGGUGGUUUGGUGGUUUUAAUUUUGGAGGAGCUGCAGUGUUGUGUGUGUGUGGAGGAGGGAGAAAGAGACAGAGAGAGAGAGAGAGGGGGAGAUGGAUGUGGUGAGAGCUGCUGCCUUGUACCUGCUGCUGCUGCUGCUGAUGGUGAUGGUGCUGCUGCUGCUGCCAGCCCCGGCUCUGGGGCAGGAGAGGGAUUACACCCUGCGGGAGGAGCUGCCCGACAAUGUGCUGGUGGCCAACUUGGUGCGGGACCUGAACCUGACAGCGGCGGCGGCGGCCGGGCUGCCCCUCACCUUCAAGCUGGUCUCCAAGACGGGGGAUGCCCCCCUGCUGCGGGUGGAGGGCAGCAGCGGCGAGCUCUACACCACCUCCCACCGCAUCGACCGGGAGAAACUCUGCGCCCACAUCUACAGCGACAGCCGCUGCUUCUACGAGGUGGAGGUGGCCGUCCUGCCCAACGAGGUCUUCCAGCUGGUCAAGAUGCGCUUUCUGAUCGAGGAUGUCAACGACAACGCUCCGCUCUUCCCCUCCACCGUCAUCAACAUCUCCAUCCCCGAGAACACCGCCGUCAACUCGCGGUACUCCAUCCCCUCCGCCCUGGACCCCGACGUGGGCAUCAACGGCAUCCAGCACUACGAGCUGCUCAAGGGGCAGAACGUCUUCGGGCUGGACAUCAUCGAGACCCCCGAGGGCGACAAGUGGCCCCAGCUCAUCGUCCAGCAGAACCUGGACAGGGAGCAGAAGGACACCUACGUGAUGAAGAUCAAGGUGGAGGAUGGGGGAAUUCCCCCCAGGUCCAGCACUGCCAUCCUCCAGAUCACCGUCACUGAUGUCAACGACAACCGCCCUGUCUUCAAGGAGGGCGAAGUCGACGUCCACAUCCCGGAGAACGCGCCAGUGGGCACCUCGGUCAUCCAGCUGCACGCCACCGACGCCGACCUGGGCUCAAAUGCCGUCGUCCGCUUCUCUUUCAGCAACCAGGUGUCCGCCCUGGCCAAGCGGCUUUUCGCUGUCGACGCUGCCACUGGCCUGAUCACCGUCAGGCAGCCGCUAGACCGGGAGGAGUUCCCGGUUCACAAGUUGACUAUCUUGGCCAGCGACGGCAGCUCGACCCCAUCCAGAGCUGUGGUCACUAUUAACAUCACCGACGUCAAUGAUAAUGUGCCAACCAUCGACACCAGGUACAUUAUUAACCCUGUAAAUGGUACGGUCUUGCUGUCAGAAAAUGCGCCGCUCAAUACUAAAAUCGCGUUGAUCACAGUCACAGACGAAGAUGCGGAUUUAAAUGGGAAAGUCACUUGCUUCACUGACCACGAUGUCCCGUAUCGAUUGAAGCCUGUAUUUGAAAGCCAGUUCCUAUUAGAAACUGCAGCCUUGCUGGACUAUGAGAGCACGAAAGAAUAUACUAUUAAGAUAGUGGCUUCCGAUGCAGGCAAACCACCGUUAAAUCAAUCAGCCACUGUGGUGAUUAAACUGAAGGACGAGAAUGAUAACGCUCCUGUUUUUAAUCAGCCUGUAAUUGGCCUGUCAAUCCCUGAAAAUAACACCCCUGGUACACAGUUAACAAAAAUCAGUGCCACUGACGCGGACAGUGGGAAAAAUGCAGAGAUCACUUACCUCCUGGGUCCCAAUGCCCCAUCCAUCUUCAGUGUAGAUCGGAGAACUGGCAUUCUGUCAGCUAUGAGGAGAUUAGACCGGGAGAAGCAAGACCGCUAUGUCUUUACAGUACUGGCCAGGGAUGGAGGAAGGCCUUCUAUUCAGAGCAAUGCUACUGUGGUUGUGACUGUGUUGGAUCAAAAUGACAACAGCCCUUCUUUCACACACAGUGAGUACAAUUUCUACGUGCCUGAAAACCUGCCCAUGUAUGGAACAGUUGGACUUAUCACUGUUACAGAUGCAGAUGCAGGAGGUAAUGCAGCUGUUAGCCUUUCCAUUUUGAAUGAUAAAGGCUACUUCAUAAUUGACCCCUCCAGUGGGGUCAUCAAGCCCAAUAUUACAUUUGACAGGGAGCAGCAAAGUUCCUACACGUUUCAAGUCAUGGCUGUGGAUGGAGGUAGGCCUCAACGUUCUUCAGUGGCCAGGGUGACUAUAAAUGUUGUUGAUGUAAAUGAUAAUAGUCCAGUGUUUGUAUAUCCUCCAUCUAAUUUUUCGUAUGAACUGGUCUCUACUUCCGCUAACCCUGGCUCUGUAGUGGGGAAAGUUUUUGCAAUAGACAAUGAUACAGGGAUGAAUGCAGAGCUUCGCUACAGUAUAGUCAGCGGGAAUUCCAGAGAACUGUUUUCCAUUGAUCCAAUGACUGGCAAUAUAACUUUGCAAGAAAAGGUGACUACAGCAGACCAUGGUUUGUACAGACUAGUGGUGAAGGUCAUUGAUUUGGGACAACCUGAAUCCUUGCAUGCCAUGGCACUUGUACAUUUGUUUCUGAAUGAAACCAUCAAUAAUUUCACCUAUGUCCAAGAGCUGGUACGGAAGAGCAUGGAGACUCCUUUGGAUAAGAAUGUUGGAGACAGUCAGAUGACUCCACAGACCAAUGAUUAUAUUAAGAUUGUUAUUGCCAUCAUAGCUGGGACCAUGACUGUCAUUCUUGUCAUUUUUGUGACUGCUUUGGUACGCUGCCGUCAUACGCCAAGGCAUAAAACAGUGCAGAAGGGGAAACAGAGUGGGGAGUGGGUUUCUCCUAAUCAGGAAAACAGACAGAUUAAGAAAAAGAAACGAAAGAAGAAGAGGUCUCCGAAGAACCUUCUUCUAAAUUUUGUUACAAUUGAGGAGUCCAAACCAGAUGACCCGGCCCACGAACACAUCAAUGGUACCUUGGACCUUCCGGUGGAAUUGGAGGAUCAGACUAUGGGGAAGUACAACUGGGGCACAACGCCUACCACUUUUAAACCUGAUAGUCCGGAUCUAGGAAAACACUACAAGUCAGCCUCCCCACAGCCCUCCUUUCAAAUCAAGCCAGAGACUCCAGUGCCAGUGAAGAAACACCAUGUCAUCCAAGAGUUACCACUGGAUAACACUUUUGUGGUGGGCUGCGACUCCCUGUCCAAGUGUUCCUCGAGCAGCUCUGACCCCUACAGCGUAUCAGAAUGCAGUUGUCAGGGAGGCUUCAAGACUGCAGGGCCAAUCCACACCAGACAGGUAAUGCAGAGAUUCUAACUGGCCCUCACACAGAGAUCUUGUCUUGAAGAUUAAAAGCCUUGAAUGGUCAUGCAUGGCUGAGGCAUUGAAAUGUAAACAGCUUGUGAUUCAUCAAUGUUGGAGAGAGAAAUUAGAAUGAAGUGGCAUUUAGCUGGUGGUGAUUGCUGAGUUGUUGUUUCAACAAUAUGGUCUCUAGGUGGCACUGUAGUUCUUCCUGAGUGUACAGAAAGCUGCAGCAGUUGUGAAGAGAAGGGCACUGCGAGUAUACUGUGGAGUAGCAAGCACAGGAACCCUGAGAUGCGUAGUGCAGGUGCAAUGUGAGGCUGUACAAAAUCGAUCUUUUGGUUUCUGUUCAGAGACGUUGGCACCAGCAGUAAGGAAGGGAGGAACAGACCACACAUUACACAGCAAAACAGUACCCCAUUAUACCGAAGAACAAAGACAGUAAUAUAUUUUAAAAAGAACUUGUAAUAAACUGCUGUGACUCAACCAUUGCCUUUCUGUUAAAUAAACAUGCUUUUGUAAGGAAUGUUCUGUAAAUUUUAAUUUGGGAGUCUCCAGGGAGGAUGGGAAAGAGGUGCUUCUCAAUUCUGUUCAGUAGAAUGAGUGAAAUUCUCAAGCUCAAAGCUUGGAAUGUCAGAAUUGCAACAGCAUGAUUAUUCAAGUUUUGAUACAUCUAAAUGUGACUUCUCUAUCACCGUGCAUGCUGGACCCUGGCUGCUUAAAUUGAUUGUCUAUUUUUAAAGUGUUGAACAUGCUUGUUGAAUUACUUAGGCAGCAGGCAUACUAUGUAUCUUCUGUGUCUUAAGAAAUUGAUAUUGAGUUUACAGAGCCAGCCCCCGGGUUACAAUUGAAAAAUACAUUCUCAUUUUUCUUGUGCCAUCACUUAAUACUUUUAACACAAUAACACAUUUGUGAAAAAAUAGGAGUCUAAGGGUAAAUAUAAAUUUUAUAGCAGAAUGGUGGAGGGGCAAGAAAGAUUAAAAAUGUAAAGAAAAUGGACAUGCACCAAAAGUGUUAAGAAGUACCGAGGGGAAAGAACAAUGCUGAUACAGGUGCUUUCAAAAGCAUGUUGAUUGACAGACAUGUUUGGGGAGGAUGUACUUACAAACCUUAAUGGCAACAAAAGUCCUCAAAAUGAUAUACAAAUGUUUCAAAUGAAACGGGUGGCAGAACAGUGUGUACUAUUGAACAUUGUAAUGUCUGUUUAAUGUAGCUCGCUGAAUCUCCAUUAUUCUUUACUGUGCUGUGUUCCUUUGAGACCUGUUUAACUCUGGUAGGCAAACGGAACCGUAGCUGGAGCCAAACAGCUACCGGCUUUGCGACUCAAUUAAUUAUUCAACUGCUUGGAGGACAAUUGCAUGUACUGUUUGUCUCACGUACGUUGCCUGUGAGUAGCUUUUGUUUUUGUCUAGCAUUUAGGUCAGUAAUCUGUGUUAUCAAUCACAAAAAAAAUGGAGAAAAACACAGUAAGAUAGGGUUAGUUCUCUGAGCAACUUAGCUCUAAUUCACAAAAUAAUUUAGCUCCAGGAAUUAUAUUUCAAUGAGUUGGAGCCUGUUCAUCUAUCAAUGUUUGUUUCCUGGUGUUAAUAAACAUUUCAUUUGGAUCAAUGAUUGGUUCUGUGGCUCUGUUCAAUCCAUGCAAAUUUUAAACUGCCUCCUCUCCCCAUUCUGAAUUGUUUUGCAAAGUUGUUGGGAUUUCAAACUCUCUAUUUAUUAAACCACUAGGAGUCAGUAUAUCUACCUUCUUGAAAGAUUAGAUUGUGGUUUUCCUGAGGAUUGGCUGAACAGUAAACAAGGCAGUAACCUGCUUUCACGGAACGUGCAAUUGAACUGGUGCAGACAACCAGCCACUCCUCAGCUGUGUGCAUCUGUAUGCCCACUAAAGCGACACAUGGUUGUCCAGAAAAUGUCUUUUUUUUGGAACAUAGGUUAAGCUGCCCACACUUAGAGAGAAAAUAAUUUGUUGGUAAUGUUUAUGGGGGUUGUGGGGAGGGGGGAGCUUCCCAGAUAUUUUGCUCUGGCUUCCCUUAAAUUGAUCCUCUGUUUUGGUAUUUGUAGUAGAAAGCAGUUAAGAGAUGCGUGCACUUUAAUAUCAAGAAUGCCAUACAUAUAUUUAAUCAAGUCAAUGAAAAUGUUGUAAUUUUACCUUUCCAAAAAAUGUUUGUUUGACUUUUAACACAUUUAUUGAACUAUACCUCCUACUUAACACAGUGAGGAAGAAACUAGCCUGUAAUUAACAAUAAAAGGUGUGAUUUAAUAGUGAUAGACCUGUGCCCUUCUCAUCUUUGGUAACUAUGGUCGUGUCAUUAUUGAUGGUACUCUAUGAGAUCCACUUGUGGCUGUUGGCCAGCUUGAAGUCUUAUUGUUACUAUAUUUACAGUUAAUACCGGGCAUCCAUUGCAUUUCAAGUAAGCUGUUUUUCUUUUGAUUCAUCACCACAGAUUGAAAAAUGAUAGGUGAGAGCAGCAGCACAGAUUUGUUUUAUGAUUCUUAAUAAUCCCACGGUUAAGUCCUGAAUGCCAUUUGCAGGUUCCAUGGAUUACUUCUUUCUAUGGUACUCUAUAGUUCUAUAGUACCACAGAUGCUUUAUCUGUAACACUAAAUCAAAUAAGCACAACACAUGCAAUAAAUCAAAUGGAGCAGAAAGGUGUGUAGAUUCCACAAGAAAUGUUCUUUCAGAGCUGGCAAACAUUAUUUGCUCAGGUCAUUUUAUCUUUGCUUUUGUUUACAGAAAUGUUAUGUUUUUUUAUACAAUAAGAUUAUACAAUAAGUACAACCUCUCUUUUAAGUACCAAUGUUGAAGUAGAACAGAGUGACUGACUCCCAUUUUGGUGCACCUCAAAUUGCCAUUCAAAUGGCCGGAAGAGGGAACCAAUCCUAUUAUUAAACCUAAACACACUAGGUAGUGCUUGUUUAUUUUGAAAGAAGCUGUUCAGUAUGGGCUAAUGUUCUUGAUAUUGCAACAUGCCAUGCCAAUUAAUUGACUGUAGUGGAACUUCAUUGUUACAAACUCACUUGUUUUCAAGAAAAUCCCUGUUUACAUCAGUCAGUUCCCACCAAUGCUCUUGGUAAUUUAUACAUACUUGGAAGAUCCUGGGUUUAAUCGGCAGCCUCUGCCACUGAGUUGCAGUCUCUGAUCUCAGUGCGUAUGUGUUCUGGAGGAGAGGUUACACAAAGCGUGCAGCAAUUGAUCUUAUUGCUUCUGGGCUGAGAACGGGAACAAUUGGCUUGGUUUGAUUGGUAUUUACUGACUCCAAGGAUAAAGUGUACAUGUGUGCACUUUAGUUGAAGGCAGUUAAGCCUGGUUCUGAUAAUCUCUUACUGUUGAAUAUCUUGCCGCUGUAUAUGAGGAGUGGCCACUUUGGCAAGGAGCUCAAGGGCGACAGUUGUGUGUGGAACACACAGGUUAGCAUGAUCCAGCCUUCACGUAGAGAGCACAAUACAUAUAUUUUUUAAAUUUGCAAUUUUUAAAAAUUUUGGUCAGCAUAGAUAAUUGCCACAAAUGAGGCAUAGUCAGACUAUUUGGUUGGUUUCUGUGAGUUUGUAAUAAUAAAGUUUGACUGCGCACUUGCAAUGUUAUGUGAAAUGUGCAACAAUCAUUUUGCGUGCUUGUGUUUGUUGAUUUUAAUAUUGUGAUUUCAAUGAAGCAAUUUGCAGUUGUACUUAUUAAAAGCAAUAGUUAAAUUGAAGAAUUUAAUCUGAUAAGAAUAAGUGCAAUGUAGUGUAAAACAGCUCCAUUUCAAUUUUAGUGGUCGUCGUACCAUUUCCUUCAUUUAAAUUAAAAUUCAUUUUGGUAUUUAUACAUUUUCUGUAUUUUUGGUAUGGCCUGUAUACUUCAUUUUGUAUAUUUUACACGCAUUUAAUGUCUUCUGUGCAAAACUCAUUUCUUCAUUAAACUUUUUUCGCAUUAUACUAA